AUGACCACCACCCAAAAGGGCGAAAACGUCUACAACCAAUCCCAAGACUUCUGGGACUCCUACAUCAAAGGCCGUCCCUCCAUCCCACAGUCUUUCUUCAACACCAUCUUCGACUACCACGCAUCGCAGAACGGCUCCUUCACCGCCGCGCACGAGGUCGGCGCCGGCGUAGGCGUGCACUCUCCCCGCCUCGCAACCCGCUUCAAACACGUCCUCAUCUCAGAUAUCAUCGAGUCCAACAUUCAGAUUGCGAAAUCCCGUCUGCAGGACCAAGAUUGCUACAGCUUCAAAGCAAGCUCCCUGGAAGACACCAUCGAUCUAGAAGCGGGAAGUGUAGACCUCGUCUUCGCUUCCACAAUGAUGCACUUCACAGACGUCGACGCCGCGGUGCGCGCAGUACAUCACCAGCUCGCGCCCGGCGGCACGUUCGCAGCUGGUCUAUACGGGACGUACGCGCUACACGAGCCGAGGGCGCAAAAAGUGUGGAAGAAAAUCGUUCUGUGGAUAUGCAAUGAUAUUAUAGAGAAGUAUGGUCUUGACGACCGUGCGAAGAACAUUCUGCAAAAUGAAGCUUCUGGGCUUGAUUCUGUGGGGUUGCCGGAUGAGUUGUUCACCCCGGCGAAGAGGUAUGAUUAUAAUUUCCUGGAGCGGGGUACGCUACGGGAUAUGAUUCUGCCGGAGAAGUAUGGGCUUGGGACGAUUGAUCGGGUGGGGGCUGAGGAUGAGGUUGUGAGGGAUGGGUGGGAUAGAGGGUGGUUUACGAAGCAGGGGAUUGAGGGAUUGAAGGGGAUUGCGAGUACGUGGCCGCAUGGCGAGGGGGAUCCUGAGAUUUUGGGGCUGUGGGAGGAGUUGCGGGGUGUGGUUGGGGAGGGGAGGUGGAGGGGCUGGAUGGCAGCACCUUCUCAAACGACGCAAUCAUACUACGAGCACAACGGCGACAUCAUCAUCUGCAAUAUACUUGGAAAACGAAGAGUCAUGCCGGGCUUUCGGGAUCGCUUCUCAAAAUGGAAAGAGCGACGUCGUGACGAGCAUGGAGAAAGAUCAAGCUCGUCUGCGCCUGCUCAACCUUUUAGCUCCACCAUUCAACCCUCGACUGCAGUCGAUGUUGUUGACACGGCUUCUCAUACUUCGCAAAGGGUCCAGUCGAGUUCAACGUCGGCAAGCGAUGCAAAAACUGUUACGUUAGUGAACGAUGCGGGGCCUGCUUCGUCGGCAAGCGAUGCGAAAACUGCGCUGUUGGGAAACAAUGCAAGCACUACUCCGCCGAUCAACGAAGCAAAGAUUACUCCGCUGGCGAACAACGCAGGCACUACUCCGCUUACCAACAAUGCAAAAGCCGCUCCAACGCAUGUGUCAGAAAACAAAAAUUCUGCGGACGGCGAUCUGUGGGAGCAAGCCUACGAGAUAGUCACCCAACAAGAACCGGAUCUUAUGGCAGCCUUCGCUCAACAUCUGACUUCUGCUGAGGGUACGUCUGCGUCGCCUCUGGUACCACAAUCGAUCACACUCAUCGUCGAACGGCUAACGCUCGAACGAGAGAGGAAGCAAUGGCGUCUCGCUCUCUUCGAGAAGGACAUAAGAGUUCGGAACCAAAUCGAGAAACUGGCCAAGUUUGUCCUUUGGUCUGAUGGGAUCAUCAAGCAAGCUCUUAGUGCUCAGCCCUAUGCUGCGCUCGCAUGGUCUGGCGUGUCGAUCCUGCUUCCGUCAGGCGAUGUCAUUCGGCAAAACAUCAUCCCGCAAUUGGUUCAACUAUACUCGCGUAUUAUCGAGUACCAGGCACGAGCCGUCUGUUAUCUCUCCGAAUCACAGCGCUCUCGUGCGUGGCAAAGCGUAACCGGUUCGAAUGACUGGACUGGAAAAUUGGCCGAGAUACGAUCUUCAAGCGAGGGAUGCAAGAUCUUCAUCGAUCCUGCACAGGAGAAGAAGAUUUCCGAACACUGGCAUCAACAACUAGCGGCGAUGGGAGAGCAAACAGAUAUCCUCAGAGGAGUCCAUCAGCUUUUGGAACAGGAGAGUCGCCAAAGAGAAAGGCGCCAUGAAAGUCGAGCAGAGAAAGAAGCUAUCAGAGCACUGGCAUCUGAUCAUGCAGCCUAUACAGCUGGAAAGGAUCGCAAUCCACAGAGGGUAGAAGGCACUUGCGAAUGGUUCUUCAAGGAUGAGCGUUUUUCUAAAUGGCGUGGUCAAGAUGACUCUGCCCUUUUAUGGGUCUCAGCAGGGCCAGGGUGCGGAAAAUCCGUCUUGUCCCGCACUUUGAUCGAUGAAGGUCAUCUGACCACAAGGGUUACGACCUCGACCGUCUGCUACUUCUUCUUCAAGGACGGUGAAACAGGCCGCAUGGAGAGCACCGACGCUCUAUGUGCUAUCCUGCACCAACUGUUCAGUCAUGACCUCACAAGUCAUUUGAUCAGCUACGCUUUGGACGCUCACAAGAACUUCGGCCCAGCUCUUCCGCAACAACUGGAUGCUUUAUGGCGCAUCCUGCUCGACUGUGCCAGAGACCCAAGCAGUGGGGAAAUCGUUUGCGUCCUUGAUGCUCUAGAUGAAUGUAAUGAGAGGAGCCUCAAAGACUUGAUGGUCAAGCUCAAGGACUUCUACAGUCUGGAAAACCAAAAGCCCACAGCUCGGCUGAAGUUCUUGAUCACCAGCCGCCCGUAUGACCGAAUAGCAUACCUUUACAGUAAGAUACCUGGAUUAACGGAACAGCUACGUCUGGAUGGCGACGAAAACUCAGAUCAGUUAGCUAACGACAUAACUCUCGUCAUUGAUGAAAGACUGGAUAGUUUGGCUGGUUCUCUAAGCCCGAAGGAUCGAGGAGACAUCGCUCACCGAAUGAAAAGCGGGAAGGAUCGCACAUACCUCUGGCUACACCUCAUCUUUAGUAUCAUCGAGGAGAAGCGAAGCUUUUACACCAAGAGAUCGAACAUUGAAGGUCUUUUGUCUACACUACCAUCGGACGUUGACGAAGCCUACGAAGAGAUCCUGAAUAAAAGCCAACACGACAGCUCCGUUGAGACCCUUCUUCAAAUCAUUCUAGCUGCGUCCCAUCCUCUGAGUCUUGAUGAGUUGAACGUCGCUUUUACUUUGGCCCAGGACGAAGAGCGUAUGGAAUCAUACGCAGAGCUCCAGUCCAAUCUAUGGCAAAACUUCUCGCAGGUCGUGCAAGAUUUAUGCGGGUUAUUCGUCCAUGUGCACAAGUCAAAGGUGUAUUUGAUCCAUCAGACGGCUCGUGAAUUUCUUGUCCAGAAAAAGCGUGGUACCAAAUGGCAGGGAGGGUAUCCGCUCGAACGUUGUACUUGCGAUCUAUUCCUGGGUUACGACUGUUACUACUGGAUACCGAAGGCAAUCGAGAUCGCCAUAUAUCGAGGCUUUGUGGAUGUGGUACAAGUAUUCCUGGAUCAAAGACGGGUUGAGGUCAACAGUGAUUUGAUCGAGCUAGCGAUCAAACUUGGUGAGCUGCCAAUGAUUGCAUUGCUUUUUGAUCAUAUUUCAGUGAACUCUGGCAUCAGUAACAUCAUGCUCUCGAAUGCGGCAGAAAACCAGUUCGAUGGAGCUAACAUCAUGAAGCUGCUACUUAGCAAACGCGGAAACGGCGUUCAUAUUGGCGAAGAUAUUUUGAAAAUCGCAGCAGACAACGGGGAGAAAGGAAGAGAUGUCAUAAAAGUUCUCCUUGACGAGUGCAAAGAUGAGAUUAAGAUCAGCCGACAUGUUCUGGCAUCUAUUGCAUACCGAGACAACUGGACUGUGUUUGAUCUGCUCCUAGAUGAGCGCGGUGGCGAACUCAGUAUCACCGACGACAUCACAGCGAUGCUGAUAGCGAGAAACAGCAUGAAGACGACAGAGCUUCUUCUUGAUAAGCGAAGAGAUGAUAUAAGGGUCACAGAGGAAGUCCUGAAUGCUGCACUCAUGCACGACGCCCGAAGUAUGACCGAGAGUCCACAGACACUCAAACUGCUUCUUGAUGAACGUGGUGAUGGAGUCGAGAUCACUGAAGAGAUCUUGAAAAUCGCAGCGGCUUACUUCCACGAAGAAACUAUGGAAGUGCUUCUUAGCAAGCUUAACGAUCGAAAGCAAAUUACCGAGGACGUCCUGAAAGCCGCGACAGGCAACUAUAACCCAAAGACCCUGGAGUUGCUUCUCGGCCGCUUUGAUGGUGAACCGGACUUCGACAAAUUACUUCAACUCGCACUUACUAACGCAUCAUGGGACGCUAGCGUGGUGGAGAUGCUUCUGGACAAAGGAGGAGACCGGAUCAAUAUAACUGAGGAGUUGCUGAUCGCUGCUAUGUUAGCUGCAGGCCCGAAGAAGGCCUACAGGGAGAGGAGAGAAAUGAUAGAACUCUUAGUCAAAAAGCGCCCAGAGGAUCUUAAGAUCACUGAGGAUCUCAUCACGACUGCGGAAAAUGGUAAUCUGCGGGACUCCACCAUCGAAAUGCUGCAUCAGGCGAAAGCCAACCAGAGUCGAGACGCAGAUACACAUCGAGGAGAUGGGCAUGGGGAAUCCGCGAGAGCAAAGUAG